UGGCUUUGUCUCUGUGGCCUUCGAGAUCAGAGACCCAAACUGGAGAGGGCCUGAAGGUCCAUUCUGGCAGAUGCCAUGAACAUGAGGCCCUGGGGUGGGGUCCCAGGGAGAGGAAGGGGCAGAGCCACAAUUCAGAUUGGGACAGGCCCUUGGACCUUAGUUCCCUCAUCUGUAAAAUAAGGGUUCAGAUUAGGUGAAAACCCUGUCAGAUCUAAACCAAAGACCACCAUGCUCCUCCAGCUCUGCUCCUGGAUUCAGUGGCUGGCCUGGAAACUUUGGGGGCCCUUUAAGAUGUUGGGGGGGGGGUUAGUCAGGUGACUCCUGUCAUGUGACAAGCACACUGGUCUGGGCAUACUUUCCCAGGUUUCCAGGCUGGGGACGCCCAAUGUUGAGCCAGAGCCUUGGACUGGGAUUGGCUGGGGGGAAGAGGGGAGGGGCUGUUCUUGCAAAGAAAGGCGGAAGUGGGAAGGACUCCGGGAGACCGAAGCCAAGUGUGGGGGUCGUACCUCAUCAGGGAUCCGGGAAUCAGGAUGAGCGGCCUGGGGAGGCUCUUUGGCAGGGCCGGGAAGAAGGAGAAGGACCCAAGCCCAGAAGAGGCAAUUCAGAAAUUGCGGGAGACAGAGAAGAUACUGAUCAAAAAGCAGGAGUUUCUAGAGCAAAAGAUCCAGCAGGAACUUCAGACGGCCAAGCAGCAUGGGACCAAGAACAAAAGAGGGACAUCGACAAGGUGGAUGAACUGAUGUCUGAAAUCACAGAGCAACAGGAAAUAGCCCAGCAAAUCUCAGAUGCCAUUUCUCGGCCUGUGGGCUUUGGGGAUGAUGUGGAUGAGGAUGAGCUGCUAGAGGAAUUAGAGGAACUAGAGCAGGAGACAUUGAACCAAGAGUUGCUGAAUAUGGGAGAUGAUGAAGAGGAAGCACCGGCCAAGUUGCCUGAUGUCCCUUCUACUCAUUUACCCCCCAGUCCAGCUUCCGAGGCUGAUGAGGAAAAUGAACUGAAGCAAUUGGUUGAGUGGGUAUCUUGAAGAAUGCCUUGAUGUUCUUGAAACGUCAUCUAAUUCCCUUCCUUUUUCCCCAAGUGCCAAUGUACUGAGCUGAAGGGUUUAAACCUAAUGAGGCCCUAGUGAGGGAUUUGAUGCCUCACCUGGCAUACCUCUGGAGUAGGGUGGGUUUUUUGUUUUGUUUUGGACACAGUUUGGAAGGUGGGAGGAAGGAAAAAAGACCCUGGACUGUUUUUCUCAUUGGAAGCUGUUACAAAGGCCCUUGCUCUCAAUAAAACUGGGCAGAUGGA